AUGAAACUAGCACUGCGAGGCAAAGUAAAACUUGGAUUUGUGGAUGGAAACUGCACAAAGAGAAGUACUGUUACAGCUGAUUUGAUGCCAAGCAUAGUUUAUGCUUCAAUUGCGAAGAAGGUAUGGGAUGAAUACAAGGAGCGUUUUGAUAGAUCGAAUUUGACGAGGAUUUAUUAUUUGUGCGCAGAAAUUGCUAAUUUGAAACAAGGAACAGACUCUUUCCUUAUGGGUCUUAAUGAGAGUUAUAGCAAUUUGAGAAGUCACAUUUUAUCUCGCAUUGCUAGUGUAACUGUGAACGAAGCUUAUGCUACCAUGGCUCAAGACGAAAGCCAAAGAUUAUUAGGAGUGGUUGAUGCUCAGAAGGAUCCUUUGACUAUGAUGACAGGAAGGCCACAAGGUUACAGAUCUAGAAAACCUGGAGGUUCUGGAGGGUUGGUGGAACUGGAAGAGGCUAUGGAGGUUCUGGAGGAGCUGGAAUACCUUGUAUACAUUGUGGAUACAAAGUCUAGUCAGGGCAAACCUACAGUCAACACUAGCACCAAUACAAAUUCAGAAGUUCCACAAAGAACUUGUCCAGAUGCUUCCUCUUCCAGUUCAGGAUCAGGUUACUUUCUCACUGAACAGCAAUAUCAGGAAUUGCUUGGGAAGAAGGAUCACACGACCUCCACUAGUGAAUGUGUGUCUAACAUGACAGGUAUACAUUCUUCACUGUCAAAUGUUUUUGCAUAUGAAUGGAUUGUUGAUUCUGGAGCCUCUCAUCAUACUAUACCUUGUAAUGAUUUGUUGUUUGACAUUAAGAAACUCGACAACCAUAUUAGUGACAAAGUUCAGGUGCCUACUGGUGGGAGAUGUCAAAUCACAAGUGCAGGGAAUGCUACUAUUUUUGGAACAUCAAAGAUACAGAAUGGACUCUACAAUGGCAAGGUCUUGGGGAUUGGUAGAGAAAAUGAUGGGUUAUACCUCUUAAAGGAACAUGUCACUCCUACUACAAAUACUGUCAGUUUCAAACAUCAAGCAGAAGGUGUUCUUUGGCAUCUCAGAUUGGGACAUCCUUCCUCAACUGUGAUGCAUCAAAUUCCUUCUAUUUCCAAAUAUUUUAGUGUCAAUGUGAAGUCCUUAAGGUCUGACAAUGGAACUGAACUCUUUAACACUCAUUGCAUGCAAUUAUUGGCCUCACAUGGCAUAAUUCACCAAAGCAGUUGUCCUUACACUCCUCAACAGAAUGGUAUUGUGGAGAGAAAACAUCGGCACAUUUUAGAAAAGGCUAGAGCUCUUAAAUUUCAAAGUGGAGUUCCUAUCAGUUUUUGGGGUGAUUGUGUUAGAACUUCAAUGUACUUGAUUAAUAAGUUACCUUCUCCAGUUUUGAAUGGAAAGACACACUAUGAACUAAUGUAUGGAAAGAUACCUAUUCUUGACCACUUAAAGGUGUUAGGUUGUUUAUGUUAUGCUAGCAAAUUACCUAGAAGUGACAAGUUUGGUGUAAGGGCAAAGAAGGUUGUUUUGGUUGGCUAUUUUGAAACUCAAAAGGAGUACAGAUUAUAUGAUUUGGAGGAUAAGAGCUUCUUUGUAAAUAGGGAUGUUGAUUUCAGAUCUUUCCUUUUAAGAUAG